UCAGGUCAUAAUAUUGCGCUAUCAGUUCGAAAGAGUAAUUUCUUAGUUUGAAACUUUACAAAGGAAGCUUUGUAUAUCUAAAAUACGAAAUAACGUAGAGCUUUUAGACAGGUAACGUCAGAAUAUGGCUGAUUUUGUAUUACGAAACGGAAGAGUCAUCGACCCUGCGAACAAAGUUGACAGAAUUGCAGACGUGGAAAUUCAGGAUGGCAAAAUAGUUCGUGUUGGUGAUCUCUCUCCUCACUUGAAUGCUACAAAUGUCUUUGAUGCAAGUGGUUGCAUAGUAACGCCUGGAUUGAUUGACAUGCAUGCCCAUGUUUAUGAGUUUGCAACACCUCUUGGCGUCAAUCCAGACGAGACCUGUUUGGCCAGAGGAGUGACCACUGUUGUUGAUGCAGGCAGUGCUGGAGCAUGCACAUUUCAAGGUCUGCGCAAGUACAUCUGUGAAAGAAGCAAGACAAGAGUCCUGGCAUUUGUACAUAUAGCUUCUCAUGGACUCAGUGCUGCUGGCUGUGCUGGAAAAGAUUUUAAGGGAGGCGAAUGCGACUCUCUCAAUCAAGUAGAUACCGAUUUAUGUGUAAAAUGCAUCAAAGAAAAUAAGGACGUCGCUGUUGGAGUGAAAGUAAGGUUAUCAGAGCUUGUCACAAAUGAUGGAAAAAAUGAAAAGGAGACAUUUAGGAGAGCACUUGCAGCUUCUGCCAAUGCUGGUCUUCCUUUAAUGGUUCAUUAUGCUUGUUCAACUAUUCCCAUAAAUGUUGAUGAAGGUUACAAAGAUUUAUCAUGUCCAGGGAGCCUAAACAAAGGUGAUAUUCUCACACAUGCACUCCAUGGUAAUCCAAACACCAUUAUUGACCCCAACAAGAAAACAAUCUGCCAAUCUGKACACAGGGCUCGUAAWSAUGGGGUACUUUUUGAUGUGGGACAUGGYUUUGGCUCAUUUUCUUGGACUGUAGCUGAGCUCUGUGCAAAAGAGAACUUCUGGCCAGAUGUAAUAAGUACAGACUUGCACAGUGUGAGUAGAGAAGGGCCAGUUUAUGACCUUACAACGACAAUGACCAAGUUACUACAUGUGGGAAUGCCACUAUAUGAUAUCGUCAAGGCCGUUACCGUGACGCCAGCAACUGCUAUAGGUUGGCAAGACAAGAUUGGUUCUUUAACCCCAAAUUUUGUUGCCGAUGUAACAGUUUUAAAAGUUGAAGAUGUAAAUUUUGAAGUGGAAGAUACUCAAGGGCAACUGAGAAAUAUUCAAAAGUGGAUUACUCCAGUGGCUGUGUGGAAAAACGGAGUGCCUUAUGAAAUCUCAAAACCAGACCCUUCACCAGGCCAUAACACAGCAAGGCUUAUAGAGAACUGGGAUAGAUACAUAGUGAAAGAUCCUAGGAAGCCAACUGCCAAAAAUUAGGUUUUAAAAUUCUAUAAGAUAUUAUUUUUAGCAGCUUGUGGUCCCUGGCAAAGUUUAUUCUCCCUCAAAAACAAAAGUCUUCACCUAAAAUUUCUAAAUCCUUGUUUAGAAUAUAUUAAAAUGUUACAUCCACCAUGAAUACUUUUAUCCUAGUUACGCUUUGAACUUCAGAUGUAAUGAAAUGGGUAACAAAAUGCAUAUUAUUACAUGUUUUUAAUACAGAAAUUAAGARCUAUAACUUAAUGAAUAUGUAUAAUAAUUUGAUUCAACUAUCUCCUUUGUAUAUUAUAUAAACUAUGACAUAARGAAUAUUAUGUAUUUGACUAAAACUUGAACUGUUUCUCUGAUCUAUUAAAUAUUAUAUGGUGCAAGCCUUUAAGUAAUAAAGAAAAUGAUCUUAUGGUAKAAAAUAUAAUCCAUGAAUUCCUAUAAUAGGAUUGUUUACYUUUUUAUACACCAUGCCAAACCAUCAUCAUCGAAAAUUAUGAACUAUUUUUAUCAGUGUUUACAUGUAACUUAUCUUGUAUUUUCAAGUGCAAACAGUGCACUAUUUAAUGCAAAAUAGAGUCAAUGUAUGAC